CUUGAGCGUAAAUGUAAGUGGUUCACUGCCUACAUAUUCUGUCAUUGAUUCCUUAUUGUUGGAGUAGAGGAAACAAACUUAUAAGACAAUGGAUGCCCACAUCACGAUGAACAUGGAUGAAAUAACAAAGAAAAUGAUUUUUGAAGGCACUGAGUUCAUGAUCACCGAUUAUGAAAACAUAACAGAGGGACCUUCCUCUGAUGAAGAUUACAUCUGUGAUGCCAAAAACAACCCACUGCACCUGUUUCACACCGUGUUCCAACCCCUCGUGUACGGUGCAGUGCUUCUCCUGGGCCUGACAGGCAAUGGCCUCCUCCUGACGGUCCUCCUAAAGCGCCGGAAAACCCUACGCAUCACAGAGAUCUACCUGGUACACCUGGCAUUAGCCGACCUUCUCCUCCUGCUCACUUUACCAUUCGUAGUGACUCAAGUGGUGGUUGGAUGGAUCUUUGGAGAGUUUCUUUGCAAGCUUUUGGGCCUCAUCAAUCGUCUAAAUCUGGUGAGUGGGAGUCUGCUUUUGGCAUGCAUUGGCUUUGACCGCUACCUCGCCGUGGUGCACGCCAUCCCCAGCCUCCAGAAUCGACGGCCUAAGAUCGUUCACCUAACCUGUGCCCUGCUCUGGCUGCUCUGCCUGUCUUUGUCCAUGCCCAACAUGGUGUUCCUCAGCGUGGCGGAAAGAGAUGAUGGACCUACCCGGCUCUCCUGUUCUUAUAACAAUCAUCACAUCCACGCAAACAACUGGAUGUUGACCAACCGAUUCAUCAUGCACCUGCUGUGCUUCUUUCUACCUUUGAUGGUCAUGAGCUACUGCUACACUGCCAUCAUCAUCACUCUUUGCCAAAGCCAAAAGAGUUUGGAGAAGCAGGGGGCUAUCCGAUUGGCCUUGCUGGUUACGCUGGUGUUCUGCCUGUGCUGGUUGCCAUAUAACAUCACCAUUCUGACCGACACCCUGGUUGUGUUGGGUGCUAUCUCUAAGUGGAGCUGCCACGCUCGUGCCAUGUUGGAUGAAGCGCUCAUAGUGACGGAGGCCAUUGGCUUUAUGCACUGUUGCUUGAAUCCAAUCCUGUAUGCCUUCAUUGGGGUACGCUUCCGGCGAGACCUCCUGCAGUUGCUAGCGAAAAGGAAGUGUCUGAGAGUAUGCCUGCCAGGGCUGAGAGUUGAAAGUCAGAGCAGGUCGUCUGUAACAGAUGCUGUGACUGCAACAACAAGCAACCACUAUAUCUAAUGAACAUUGGAGGUUUCUGAAACUGAACUUUUUGUAGAACUAGUUAAAUGUUUUCAUCCAUGUGCAUCUUUGAGUUGCCAAGCAGCAACUUGAGACCUACGUCUUGACCACUGUACUAAUUCACAAUGCAUUGCUUGAGCCUACGCAUGGGCACAUUAAUGCCCAUAAUGUGACUAUGUAUGUAAUCAUUUUCUAAAAAGAAGUGUGAUUUCAAGGGAUAGUUCACCCAAAAAUGAAAAUUCUGUCAUCAUUUACUCACAUUCGAGUUGUUCCAAAACUGUAUCUUUUGAUUUGUUCUGAUCAACACAGAGAAACAUUAUUUGGAAGAACGCUACUCCCAUAGUAGGAAAAAUACGUUAUCAUUUUUUUGUUCUGUUGAACACCAAAGACAUUUUGAAGAAUGUAGGACAGCAAACAGUUCUGGGGCACUUUUGACUACCAAUGGUGAGUAAAUGACAGAAUUUUUGGGUGAAGUAUCCCUUUAAGACUGAAUUAAGACAAUUAAAAUAAAGCUUC